AUGCGACUUAAUCCAGAGAAGUGUUCAUUUGGGAUUCAGAGUGGAAAAUUUUUGGGUUUUAUGAUCACAAGGAGGGGAAUUGAAGCAAAUCCUGAUAAGUGUAAAGCCAUUCUCGAAAUGCAAAGUCCCACUUCAGUGAAAGAUGUGCAGAAAUUGACAGGGAGAAUUGCAGCUCUGGCAAGAUUUUUGCCAUGUUCGGGAAACAAGUCAGCUCAAUUUUUCCAGUGUUUGAGAAAGAAUAAGGCGUUCCAAUGGACAACAGAGUGUGAAGAGACGUUUCAAAAUUUAAAGGAGCAUUUGUCAAAGCCACCAAUUUUAUCAAAACUCAUGCCAGGUAUUUCGCUGUCAAUGUUUAUUUCAAUGUCUGAUAAUGCUGUUAGCUCAGUCUUAUUGCAAAAAAUUAAGGAUGAUUUGAGGAUCAUAUAUUUUGUGAGCCAUGCUCUUCAAGGAGCCGAGGUGAGAUACCAAAAAAUAGAAAAGACUGCUUUAGCCCUGAUUAUAUCCGCCAGGAAAUUAAGACCUUACUUUCAAGGCUUUCCAGUUGUGGUCAAAACUGACCUACCACUUCGCCAAGUGUUGCAAAAACCUGAUUUAGCAGGAAGAAUGGUUGUAAGAUCCAAGUUUGGGAUUUCGUUUGAGAAAAAAGGACAAGUUAAAGCGCAAGCUUUGAUUGAUUUUGUUAAUGAAAUGUCUCCCGAAGAGAAAGACGACGAACCAGGCGAGUGGAGUUUAUCAGUCGAUGGUUCAUCCAAUGUCAAAGGCAGUGGUGCUGGAGUGAUUUUAGAAGGGCCAGGAGGCGUAACAAUUGAACAGUCACUCAAGUUUGAUUUUAAAGCGAGUAACAAUCAGGCAGAGUAUGAGGCUAUAAUUGCAGGGUUAAGAUUGGCGAUCGAAAUGGGCGUACAAAGCAUCAGGAUCAAAACAGAUUCGCAGAUAGUUUCAAGACAGAUUCAGGGAGAGUAUCAAGCCAAAGAUGCACAAUUGGCCAAGUACUUAGUGAAAACUCAGAAUUUGAUGAAGCAGGUGGACAAAGUGCAUAUUAAUCAUGUUCCACGAGAGGAGAAUACAAGGGCUGAUAUAUUGUCAAAACUAGCAAAUACUAAAAAGCCAGGGAAUAGCAAAUCAGUGAUCCAGGAAGUUUUAAAUAGCCCAAGUAUUGAAAAUGAUGAGGUUAUGGCAAUUCCGAUGGCAAUAGAUCAAGAUUGGAUGGGACGAAUCAAGCUGUGUUUGGAGGCGGAAGGAACUGACCUGUUUAUGUUUACUAAGGAUCAAAUUCGGGAAGCAAGUCAUUAUACCCUUUUGGGCGAUCAAUUGUACAGAAGAGGAGUAGGAGUCCCAUUGCUGAGAUGCGUUUCCAAGGAAGAGGCUGAAAGAAUUAUGUUUGAAAUUUACAUAGAGCACCGCCGGAAGUCUUAA